GUCACAGUUUGUUUGGAGUUUUGUGUCAUGGCGAAGCAAGCGCUUGUGUGGAAGGAAAUUAUCUGAAUUUUCAAGCGAAGAGGAAGAUAAACGAAAACCAAAAUGUUGCGUCGGGGUGGGAAGCGCAUCCGUAUGGAUGAGCCACCACCAGAGUACGAUGCACCACCCAUGACCCCAAUGACACCGGCAUCAGAACUGCAGGAACCCUAUACACCUUAUACACCUUACACUCCAGCUGCUGAGACUCCUCUUCACCACCCUGACUAUCAGAUGGGCUACAACCAGUCCUAUGACCAGCCAGUCCAUCACCAACCCCCACAGACGCCUCAGCAGCAGCAUAUUUAUGGUCACCAGGAAUAUGAUAAUGUUUAUCAAAACAUGUAUGAACAACAGCCUCCACAGACUCCAACACCUCAUUACCAACAGCAACACACUCCUCAGGUAGUACACUGUUUAAUAUUCAUUGUUUAUUAUUGAUGAAGGACAUCCUUU